AUGGAGACUCCCACGGGGCUGCAGCCAUCAUUCUGUCUGCCACAAACCCGGGAAUUAUCUAAGUCCGGAGGUGGCUCCGGAAGCAAGCUGCAGAUUCCUAAGGGCACUCCAGCGGCCGAGAUUGUUGGGGUGAGCUCACUGGCUACCCCAGCCCAGAAUUCGGGCAACCAAAGUUGCCUGCCUCGUGCCCCAAACAAGGAGCACAGAAAGGAGAAGACUGUGGCAUAUCUUGAGAAGGAGAAAUGGAAAGCGGAAGAGAUGAAGGCCGAGUCCUCCCAGACACCGAAUAUCUUGGACCUUCACCAUCCCCCACUGCUUCCAUGGGAAAUGUCCACGAUGAACCAGCUUCGGGGCCGCACUGUCCCACUGUGUCGUGAUGCUCUGAAGGAAAGCAAGAGUCCAAGAGAAUGCCAUCGGGCAAAGAAGAGCCGAAGUCUAGGUGACGAAGAGGACCUAGAAAAUGGGAAGGGACUCCUUCCCAAUCUUACCGACAUGAAGCAAGUAGGAGAAGACUUCCACAUUUCCCUUGUCUUUACUCCCUCGAGGGAGGUGGACCAGGCAAAAGGCCUCAGGGCUCCCGAGGACAGGGGCAUCAAAAUGGACAAAGUGCUGAACAUACAGGAAAAGGCUGGGAGAGGGAAGAAGCCUUCAAUGAGUGCAUCUAAAGUGGAGGAGAAGAAGCUUAAGAAGAACCAUGCUGGGACCAGCCAAGAGGGCUGGAGGAAGCCCCGCAGCGUCCUUGGAAUGCGCUUGCUGGAAGCCGUUCAGGUGAUUCAUAGUCUAGGUAAGAGGAGUGAGAAGAUGGCCAUCCCCGUGGGAGCCGCCAAGGCAAGUCCCAGGAAGCGGGAGUGUUUCAAAGCCCCAGGAGAGGACUUGGAAAGAGCACGGUCAGCCGUGCGCCUCCCCCGUUUCCUUUCUCCCUUGAGGGAUGUAGACCAGCCCAGUGGACUGUGGGCCAGCGAGGACACCAGCAUCCCCAAAAUGGACAGACUACUACAAAUGACGGGAAAGCCCUGUACAGGGAGCAGGCCCUCAAAGCGUCGAGUUGAGCCUGAAGAGAAACCAUCGCUCCCGAGCAAAAGGCCGAAGAAGGACCAUGGGGAGCCCAGCCAAGAGGCCUGCAAAAAGUCCCAGAAGUUCCUGAGCACGAACAUGCUGGAGUCAGGUCAGAUGUCUCAUCGCCCGUGCAAGAAGAGUGGCUCCAUCGGGGCCAACCAACAAAUUGCCAAGAUCCGGGAGCACUUGGAAGACCCAGCGGAGGAGCUGGAAAGAAUACUGGCAGCCGUUCGCCUUCGCCCUCUCCUUUCUCCCUUGAGGGAUGUAGGCCCAUCCAAUGGCCUGAGGGCUACCGAGGACACCAGCAUCCCCACUACGGACAGACUACUAAAAAUGACGGGAAAGCCCUGUACAGGGAGCAGCCCCUCAAAUCGUCGGGCUCAGCAUGAAGAGAAACCAUCGCUCCUGUCCACAAAACCGAAGAAGAACCAAGGGGAGCUCAGCCAAGAGGCGUGCAAGAAGUCCCAGAAGUUCCUGAGCACCAACAUGCUGGAGUCGGGUCAGGUGUCUCAUUGCCCGUGCAAGAUGAGGGGCUCCGUCAGGGUCCCCCAGCCAAUUCCCAAGAUCCGGAAGCAUUUGGAAGACACAGCCGAGGAGGUGGAAAGAAUACUGGCAGCCAUUCGCCUUCCCCCUCUCCUUUCUCCCUUGAGGGAGCUGGAUCAGCCCAAGGGCUUGCGGGCCCCGGAGGACGCGAGCAUUCCCAGAACGGACAAAGUGCUUCAGAUGCAAGGAAAGUCCUGUGCAGGGAGGAAGGCGUCGUCAUGUCCCGCUCAACCAGAGGAGACAACAAAGGUUCUAGAGUUGACGCUGGAGAAGAAGCAUGCUGGACUCAGCCAAGUGGCCUGGAGGAAGCCCCGCAGCAACCUGGGCAUGCGCAUGCUGGAGUCCGUUCAGGUGAUUCAUAGUCUAGGUAAGAGGAGUGAGAAGAUGGCUGUUUCAGUCAGAAGCCGCCAGUCAACUCCCCGCAUCCAAGAGCAAUUGGAAGCAGAGCACUUGGAAAGAGCCCGGGCAGCCUUGCGCCUUCCCCCUCUCCUUUCUCCCUUGAGGGAUGUAGGCCAGUCCAAUGGACUGAGGGCCAGCGAGGGCACCAGCGUCCCCACAAUGGACAGACGACUAAAAAUGAUGGGAAAGCCCUGUACGUGGAGCAACCCCUCCAAGCGUCGGGUUGAGCCUGAAGAGAAGCCAUCACAACCGAGUAAAAAGCCGAAGAAGGACCACGGGGAGCCCAGCCAAGAAGCCUGCAAGAAGUCCCAAAAGUUCCUGAGCACGAACAUGCUGGAGUCAGGUCAGAUGCCUCAUUCCCCAUGCGAGAAGAGUGACAAGAUGAGGGGCUCCAUCGGGGCCAACCAACCAAUUGCCAAGAUCCGGGAGCACUUGGAAGACCCAGCAGAGGAGGUGGAAAGAAUACUGGCAGCCGUUCGCCUUCCCCCUCUCCUUUCUCCCUUGAGGGAUGUAGGCCAGUCCAAUGGACUGAGGGCCAGCGAGGACACCAGCGUCCCCACAAUGGACAGACGACUAAAAAUGAUGGGAAAGCCCUGUACAUGGAGCAACCCCUCCAAGCGUCGGGUUGAGCCUGAAGAGAAGCCAUCACAACCGAGUAAAAAGCCGAAGAAGGACCAUGGGGAGCCCAGCCAAGAAGCCUGCAAGAAGUCCCAAAAGUUCCUGAGCACGAACAUGCUGGAGUCAGGUCAGAUGGCUCAUUCCCAAUGCGAGAAGAGUGACAAGAUGAGUGGCUCCAUCGGGGCCAACCAACCAAUUGCCAAGAUCCGGGAGCACUUGGAAGACCCAGCAGAGGAGGUGGAAAGAAUACUGGCAGCCGUUCGCCUUCCCCCUCUCCUUGCUCCCUUGAGGGAAAUGGAUCAGCCCAAGGGCCUGCGGGCCCCCGAAGAUGCCAGCCUCCUCACGAUGGACAAAGUACUCCAGCGAGGCGGAAAGCCGAAGACAGGGAGCAGCCCCUCAAAGAGUCGGGAUGAGCCUGAAGAGAAACCGUCGCUCCCGUGCACAAAGCCCAAGAAGGACCAUGGACAGCGCAGCCAAGAGGCCUGCAAGAAGUCUAAGGAGUUCCUGAGCACGGACAGGCUGCAGUCAGCUCCGUUGUUUCAUUCCUGCGCUGACAAGAAUGAAAAGAAGAUUGGCUCUGUCCGAGCCCCCCAGCCAUCUCCGAAGAUCCCAGAGUGGUGGCAAAGCCCAGCAGAAGGCCGACGUCCCGUGCCAAUGUUGUUUGGCUUUCCGAUGAUCCCAUCACGGAGGAUGCCCAAUAUCCCUGAGUCUGUGAUUUCCAGGCCCAUCUCCAGAGAGCAGAGGCCUGAACGGGAGGCCAGGAAGAGACAGGCCCAGCGGGAGCGAGAGAAUGCUGCCAAGUACACUUCCUUGGGCAAGAGGAACUUUUUCCUGGAGCGGCAAAUAGACUUGGAAGUGGCAGAGUACUAUGGCUACAUGAUCUGA